AUGAGUUUCCGCAAGGAGGACAGCGUGAGCAGCCUGUGCCAGAAGGCGCUGCACAUCGUCACCGAGCUUUGCUUCGCAGGCCAGGUGGAGCGGGAGAAGUGCUCCGGCAUCUUCCCCCAGGACCGCCGCACCCCGGGCGGAGGCAGCACAGAUAUUUCCGUCAGCCUGUUGGCGGUCGUCGUGAGCUUUUGUGGGCUGGCCUUGCUGGUCGUCUCGCUUUUUGUUUUCUGGAAGUUGUGCUGGCCGUGCUGGAAGAGCAAACCCGUGACCCCCAAUGUCACUGCCGUUCCACAGAGCGUUUCCAGUGCUCCCACUGAAGUCUUUGAGGCUGAAGAGAAAAAAGAGGUUAAAGAAAACGGAAAGCCAGCUCUCAAAGCUAUGGAGCCCGCGAUAAAAAUCAGCCACACUUCCCCUGACAUUCCGGCAGAAGUCCAGACUGCCUUGAAGGAACAUUUAAUUAAGCACGCACGCGUGCAGAGACAAACCACGGAGCCCACCUCUUCAUCCCGCCACAACUCCUUCCGGAGGCAUCUGCCGCGGCAAAUGCAGGUCUCCAGUGUGGAUUUCAGCAUGGGCGCAGAACCCGUGUUGCAAAGAGGCGAAACUACCACCAGCAUCGGGAGGAUCAAACCCGAGCUCUACAAACAGAAAUCUGUCGACUCCGAGGGAAACAGACAGGAAGAUGUCAAAACCUGUGGGAAGUUGAACUUUACCCUGCAGUACGAUUAUGAAAAUGAACUUCUCGUGGUGAAAAUCAUCAAGGCCUUAGAUCUCCCCGCUAAAGACUUCACAGGGACCUCUGACCCUUACGUCAAGAUGUAUCUGCUGCCAGACAGGAAGAAGAAGUUUCAGACCCGUGUGCACAGAAAGACCUUGAAUCCGCUGUUUGAUGAAACUUUCCAGUUUCCUGUAGCAUAUGACCAGCUCAGCAACCGGAAGCUGCACUUCAGUGUGUAUGACUUUGACAGGUUUUCUAGACACGACAUGAUUGGAGAAGUGAUCCUGGAUAAUUUGUUUGAAGUCUCUGAUCUCUCCAGAGAAGCCACGGUGUGGAAAGACAUUCACUGUGCAACCACAGAGAGUGUAGACCUGGGGGAAAUCAUGUUCUCCCUGUGUUACCUACCCACUGCUGGGCGCAUGACACUGACGGUCAUCAAGUGCAGAAACCUCAAGGCCAUGGAUGUCACAGGCUCAUCAGACCCUUACGUCAAAGUGUCCCUGAUGUGUGAGGGUCGGAGGCUAAAGAAGCGGAAAACCACCACCAAGAAGAACACGCUGAACCCCGUGUACAACGAGGCCAUCAUUUUUGACAUCCCUCCCGAGAACGUGGAUCAGGUCAGCCUCUCCAUCGCGGUCAUGGAUUACGACAGGGUGGGGCACAAUGAGGUCAUAGGCGUGUGUCGCACCGGCCUGGAUGCCGAGGGCCUCGGCCGCGACCACUGGAACGAGAUGCUGGCCUAUCACCGGAAACCAAUCACCCACUGGCACCCCUUGCUGGAGUUACCUGGCCGAGCCACCAGUUUUGAUAGUCAAGGAUCCUGUUCUUCUCCCAAACCACCUUCCACACCGUAA